AUGCUAGGCGUCUCCGAUCUAAGUUGUGGAGAGGUUGCUCGUUUAAAUUGUAGAUUGAAUCGCCCAUUUCAGGCUCUUAAGAAGCCAUUCUGCCGAAACUCACGCAAGAAAGGGAAAGAAGAAGAAUUUUUAAUUGAAAAUGACUCGCAUCCCCCUCAACCUUCACGACUGACUUCACAAGAAAAUGAGAAGCUGGAUACAGACGCAGAUCGAGAAGAAGGAAAGUCAAAAGAUAGUUUGCAGACACAUCAGGUUAUCAACGGAACAUACAUGGACAUGAAACUUUGGUCAAAUUUUGUACCGCCACCAAGGCCAUGA